AUGGGGAAUUCAAAUAGAAAGAAACUAUAUUCCUCAAGAGAGAAAUAGAUUUUAGCCUUAUAUCAAGCACAAAACAAAAUUGAAACAGUGUCAAAAAAUGAGUGCGAAUAAAAUAAUUAAAUCAAAUAGUAAGAUAGUUAACUUUCUAAAAGCAUACUGAGGGAAAAUGAUAUCACAGAGGAUUUGGAAUUUGUUAAAUAAGAAUCUUUUGAUGAAGUGAUAAAAGAUUAUUAUUAAUACUAUAACAGCCUAUAAAAUUCUAAUUAAAAUGACAGUAUAUCUUCAAAUAUAGAUAUCCAAGAAAAAAACCUCCUUGUUUCUUAACUAUGCAAAAAUUUAGAUAAAUAUCACUAAUAAAUCAAAGAUUAUUUAUAAUUGUUUAAUUUAGAACUUAAAGUUGUAUCGAACUCUCAAUAGGAAUGGGCUAAUUUUUGUAAAGAACUUAAGAAAAAUUAGAUCUUUCAUUAAAUGAAUCGCAAAAAAUGUGAUUAGAAAGCUAAUAAUUAAAUAAAAUCUAGCUUUUAGACUAUACCAUAAUUUAAAUAUAGCUAGAAAACUAUUCGGUAAUAAUAAUAAAACCUAAAUAAAUAUUCUAAUUCAGCAACUAACUUGGAUGAUAAUAGGAAUCAAAGUGAUAAAGAUAACUUCUAGCCUUGUUUAUAGAGAAAUAUUGUUAGCGAGUGCCAUAAAUAAGAGGAUUAAAAUAUAUAUUAGAGAGGAAAAACCUAAUCUUCUUCUAUAGGUAGCUUUUUGGGUGAACAUAAUUUAUUUUUAUUCAAUUAGCAUUCUUAGGACAACAAAUUAUCAGUAUAUCAAACUUAUUAUUUUAAUCAUUAUCCUGUAGACGAUGAAGAGUAUUAACUCAAAAGAGACUUAAAAAAAUUUAAACACUAUAUGAAAGAGUCUGACGAAAUGUUUUUAUUAUUUAGAAAAGUUUCUACAGCCUUUUAGUAAGCUUUCUUUGCUCUAUAUGGUAAAGAAAACGAUAAAGUCCCUAAAGAAUAUAUGAAGGAACCAAAACUAUUAGAAAACAGGAUAUAAAUUGAAAUAAGAUUUAUUGUUAGAGUUUUUGAAAAACUCAUAGAAAGAAUUAUGGAUAAUUUUGCUUCUCAGUAAUAAGAAAAAGAUAUUGGAGAAUCCUCAUCUCCCACACAUAAAAGAACUUUUAUGCAAAAUAUGGAUUCUAAAGCGUUUCCCGUUAUAAAUAUGCUUUUAAAUUUUAACCACAAAGUAUUUGAAAGGAUUCGUUUUAUGAUGUAACAAAUUUAUUCUAAUUAAACUAAAAAACUUUUUACUAACAUGAAAUUAUACCUUAAAAAUGAUGUGUACUGCAGAGAAACAAAAUAAUAUGGCGAUAUGCAAAGUCAUUUUAAAAAUUCAAUAGAAAAAUACAAAUAAGUUAUUCCAAUAUUUUAAAAAAACAUGAUUGAAGGAAUAAAAAUUAUUUAACAUGUAGUAAAGUAGGUUAUAAUGGAAGAAAAAAAUUAAAGUUCUAUUUAACAAACUUAAUAAAAAAAUUUAUACCAAAAUUCAUACCUUUAAAGUACAUCAUUGUUGUCUCCUCAAUCUUUAGCAGAAAAAUCUUAGUAAUUACAAGCAAGUGUAUUCUCGUUAGGGAAAAAUAACUCUGAAGAAAUAAAUGAGAAUGAAUAAAUUGGGUUUAAACAGUCAUAUUAAAUUAAGCAUCCUAUUGAGGAGGAAGAUGAAUUUUGUUUAUCCAUGGAAUCAAAUAUAAAAAAAGCAUAAAAUUUAGUCAAAUAGUAGCAGUAUCAAGAUCAAGAAGUAAAAUAAACAGAAGAAAAUUUUCCAUUCUCAAAUAAUCUUUAAGAUAACAUUGUCUAAUAAUAAUAAAUAUAUGGUUGCGAUGAUCUCAUUCCUACAUACGAGUACGUAAUAUGCUAAGCUGAAUCAUAACUCUAAGUUACACUUUUACACGACUUAAAGCUAUUUUUGUUGAUAUUUAAUAAUCUUUAUGAUAGAUUUCCUUAAUAUAGCAGUAGUAUUUCUAAUGCCACAAAUUUUCUUUCUGCUUAUUAAUCUAUCUUAAAUUUAUAAGAGAACAGAGUUGUUUGA